AUGGAAGCCUGACGACGAGCACGCUUCUGGACCUUUCUCUCCCGACCAGGUUCUAGCUCACGUGCUCUGUUGGGGUCUGCCCUUCUUCGGACUCCUCUGUGCUCGUGACUGCGGCUCCUUGGGGUGGAGUGGAAGAUGCCACGAGCUACCCGCUGGGACUGGGGCCAAGUCACCGCGUCCUGCUGCUGCCCUCCAGCUGCAGCCACCUUCCUGGGCAUGGAGUCCUAGCUGUAGCCCUCCUGUCCGGGCAGCGGACUGGAUGGAGCAUCAGCCCUGCAUCUCCUGCAUAUCCUGCCGCUCCUGGAUGCCGGAUGGCCCCCAGGACCUCACACACAGCCGCUGAAGCCAGCCCUUCACCUUGGCCAUCCCCCCUCCCUCUUCCUGCCAGCCUAGUCUUCCUUCUGUGUCCCCAGCUCUGCGGAUGAUGUUAACAACCUCCUCGUGGCUCAGGUCCCAGUCUGAACUUGAACAAGGGAGCUGUCCCCUUGCUGUUACCCUGUCCGGAGCCGACAUGUCACUGAAAACUGAGCCAACAGCAGACACAUCCACACUGCAGAAAAUCGCUGCCGACAUGAGUAACUUGAUAGAAAACCUGGACACCCGGGAGCUCCAUUUUGAGGGAGAGGAGGUGGACUGUGAUGUGUCUCCCAGCGACCCCAGGAUUCAGGAAGUGUAUAUCCCUUUCUCUGCUAUUUACAAGACGCAAGGAUUUAAGGAGCCUAAUGCACAGAUGUACCUCUCUGGCUGUCCAAUCAAAGCCCAAGUUCUGGAAGUGGAGCGCUUUGCAUCUACAACAAGGGUACGAAGUACCAAUCUUUACACAAUUGAAUUAACACAUGGGGAAUUUAAGUGGGAAGUUAAAAGGAAAUUCAAGCAUUUUCAAGAAUUUCACAGAGAGCUGCUCAAGUACAAAGCCUUUAUCCGAAUCCCCAUUCCCACCAGAAGACACACUUUUAGAAGACAGAAUGUCAAAGAAGAGCCUCGAGAGAUGCCAAGCUUGCCCCGUGCCUCUGAAAACAUGAUCAAAGAAGAACAGUUCUUGGGGAGAAGGAAACAACUGGAAGAUUACUUGACCAAGUUACUAAAAAUGCCCAUGUAUAGAAACUAUCAUGCAACAACAGAAUUCCUUGAUAUAAGUCAGCUGUCUUUCAUCCACGAUUUGGGACCAAAGGGCAUAGAAGGCAUGAUAAUGAAAAGAUCCGGGGGACAUAGGAUACCUGGCUUGAAUUGCUGUGGUCAUGGAAGAGCCUGCUAUCGCUGGUCAAGAAGGUGGUUGAUAGUGAAAGAUUCCUUUUUACUGUAUAUGAAACCAGACAGCGGUGCUAUAGCCUUCGUCCUGCUUGUGGAUAAAGAAUUCAGAAUUAAGGUGGGGAAGAAGGAGACAGAGACAAAAUAUGGACUCCGAAUUGAUAACCUUUCAAGGACACUUAUUUUAAAAUGCAACAGCUAUAGACAUGCUCGGUGGUGGGCAGGCGCCAUGGAAGAAUUCGUCCAGAAACAUGGCACCAACUUUCUCAAAGACCACCGAUUUGGGUCGUAUGCUGCUGUCCAGGAGAACACUUUAGCUAAAUGGUAUGUUAACUCCAAAGGAUAUUUUGAAGAUGUUGCAAAUGCGAUGGAAGAGGCGAAAGAAGAGAUUUUUAUCACGGAUUGGUGGUUGAGUCCAGAAAUCUUCCUGAAACGCCCAGUGGUUGAAGGAAAUCGUUGGAGGUUGGACUGCAUUCUUAAACGAAAAGCUCAAGAGGGGGUGAGGAUUUUCAUAAUGCUCUACAAAGAGGUGGAACUUGCACUUGGAAUCAACAGUGAAUACAGCAAGAGGACUUUAAUGCGUCUACACCCCAACAUAAAGGUGAUGAGACACCCAGACCAUGUGUCGUCCAGUGUGUAUCUGUGGGCUCAUCAUGAGAAACUUGUCAUUAUCGACCAGUCGGUGGCCUUCGUGGGUGGGAUCGACCUGGCCUAUGGCAGGUGGGAUGACAACGAGCACAGACUCACGGAUGUGGGCAGCGUGAAGCGCGUCACCACGGGGCCGUGUCUGGCUGCCCUCACAGCUGAAACAACAGGGUCUAUGGAGUCCUUAAGCCUCAAAGAUAAAAAUAAUUCUAAAAAUGUGCCCAUCCUGAAGAGUGUUGAUGAUAUGGAUUCAAAACUGAAAGGCAUAGGAAAGCCCAAAAAGUUCUCCAAAUUCAGCCUCUACAGGCAGCUCCACAGGCAGCACCUGCACAGCGCGGACAGCAUCAGCAGCAUCGACAGCGCCUCCAGUUAUUGUAAUCACUGUAGAAGUCGUCAGAAUUUAAUCCAUGGUUUAAAGCCCCACUUGAAACUCUUUCGCUCUUCCAGUGGUUCUGAGCAAGGGCUCACUAGACCUGACAUGGACACCGACUCCAUCCGCAGUUUGCAGACAGGCGUGGGAGAGCUCCACGGGGAAACCCGCUUCUGGCAUGGAAAGGACUACUGCAACUUCGUCUUCAAAGACUGGGUUCAACUCGAUAAACCUUUUGCUGAUUUCAUUGACAGGUACUCCACCCCACGGAUGCCAUGGCAUGAUAUCGCCUCUGUGGUCCAUGGGAAGGCAGCUCGUGAUGUGGCACGUCACUUCAUCCAGCGCUGGAACUUCACAAAGAUUAUGAAAUCAAAAUAUCGGUCCCUUUCUUAUCCAUUUCUGCUUCCGAAGUCUCACACGACAGCCCAUGAGCUGAAGUAUCAGGUGCCUGGGUCCGUCCACGCGAACGUGCAGCUGCUUCGCUCUGCUGCUGACUGGUCUGCUGGGAUCAAGUACCAUGAAGAGUCCAUCCACACAGCUUACGUCCACGUGAUAGAGAACAGCAAGCACUAUAUCUAUAUAGAAAACCAGUUCUUUAUAAGCUGUGCUGACGACAAGGUUGUGUUCAACAAGAUCGGCGAUGCCAUCGCCCAGAGGGUGCUCAGAGCACACAGGGAAAGCCAGAGAUACCGAGUGUAUGUUGUGAUACCCCUUCUGCCAGGGUUCGAAGGAGACAUUUCAACUGGUGGAGGAAACGCUCUCCAGGCCAUAAUGCACUUCAACUACAGAACCAUGUGCAGAGGAGAAAAUUCCAUCCUUGGGCAGUUAAAAGCAGAGCUUGGCAAUCAGUGGAUAAAUUACAUAUCGUUCUGUGGUCUUAGAACACACGCUGAGCUUGAAGGCAACCUAGUCACUGAGCUCAUCUAUGUCCACAGCAAGUUGCUAAUUGCCGAUGACAACACUGUUAUUAUUGGCUCUGCCAACAUAAAUGACCGAAGCAUGCUGGGAAAGCGUGACAGUGAAAUGGCAGUCAUUGUGCAGGACACCGAGACAGUCCCUUCAGUAAUGGACGGAAAAGAGUACCAAGCUGGCCGGUUUGCCCAAGGACUCCGGCUGCAGUGCUUCAGGCUUGUGCUUGGCUAUCUUUCUGACCCAAGUGAGGACAUUCAGGAUCCAGUGAGUGACAAAUUCUUCAAGGAGAUAUGGGUUUCAACAGCAGCUCGAAACGCUACAAUUUAUGACAAGGUGUUCCGGUGCCUUCCCAGUGAUGAAGUACACAAUUUAAUUCAGCUCAGAGACUUUAUAACCAAGCCCAUAUUGGCAAAGGAAGACCCCGUCAGAGCUGAGGAAGAACUGAAAAAGAUCCGUGGGUUCUUGGUGCAGUUCCCCUUUUAUUUCUUGGCUGCAGAAAGCCUCCUGCCUUCUGUUGGAACCAAAGAAGCCAUAGUGCCCAUGGAGGUUUGGACCUAAGAGUUAUCGGCUCAGAGACUUCCACCUGGAGAAUGCACCCAACACGGUGACUGUCAGGAUCCCCAACUACCCAGAACAGCCCAAAGCACUCUUGUACCCAACCCACAGACACUUCUGGUUGGCUGGGAAGGGCUGCAGUCCCACUGAUGUAAGGACGUUGAAUCUCAUCGGGGCUUUCUCAUUCCUCCUGCCUAUCCUGUGAGAAAGGGACUGCAUUUUUACUGGCAGCAUCUACUCAACGACUUAAACGCAUACUCCAAAGUGCCUUUUCUUCACUAACAAGAAUGGACCUCUAACGGUGAUCUAGGUUGCCAGAAGUUGUCUGAACCUCCUUGUUCUUCUUGGACCUUCAUUUAUGCAGCUAAUGUCUGCUGGGCCUGCCCUCAUUUCAUAGUCCAGGCACUGUUUGAGAUCUUGCUUGUUGUUAGAAGAUACGGUGAUGCUGCUGCAAGGUUCUUCCAGGCUACGUGGAAUGCCCUUGCCCCUCUGGUCCUGAAGUGGCAGUGUGCACUCCAGCAAGGGUGUGGUCAUCACUCCUUUUCAGUGACCGGCAGACAGUAAAGAGUUUAGUCUUCACAGCAGUCUGCACUAGGCAGUUCUGGUAACAUCGAUGCUAUAUAAUGUAUAUCCUGACACCACAGAGUAACAGGAAGGAGUUAAAUUCAGUUAUUGAGGCAGGGAUUUCACUUGGCCUCCAAAGGCACUGACAAGAUGUGUCCCCCUGAUAGGGCCCACCUGAUCAAAUUUGGAAACCUGCAUAGGAUAUCUGAUUACACAGCAACUGAUAAAACGCAAACCGGGAGCACGCAGCCUUCAGAAACCUUUGGGGGGGGCGGGGGGAGGGGAUGGUAUCUGAUCCAGAUAAGAAGAUUCCUCAGAGUCCUAUAAAAUUUCCUAUCAUUCUCAGCUGCUAGAUUGAUGGAAAUUUGAGUUUUUAUAUUUCAAAAUGAAGCCAGUGAAGGCAGUUUGUCUUUCAAGAGAAUCAGAGGUUUCCUAACUCGUGUCGCAGUUAACAAGCGUGAGCCUGACCUUUUUUGACAUUCAGCUCUCUAGCUGUGUUAUCUUCUUAAAGAAAAAUCAAUUGAUUGCAAAGUAUGUGCUACUUCGCUUGCUUUAUUAAAUAUAUAUUAACAUUCCACCUGGAGGAUAGAGGUAAGGAUAUUCAUUUAUUCAUAUUGUUGUAAUCUGUGAAUUGUUCUGGAAACCAUUUUUUUUUCCUUUUUGGGCAAGAGUAACCUUUGGUAUACCAUAGCUCUAAUUUUACUGAGCAGAGCUGUUCUUAGAGCCGGAAGAGCUAAUGUGGGCUCCCAAAAGGCCUGUGUCCAUAAAACACGGGGUAGGUGCACUGCUUACAUGUCUCUGUGUUGCCCGGACAGGAUCUCCUGUGGGUUGUUCUUCAAAGAAGAGAGGACCCACCCCCUUGUUUGUGUGGAGCUCACAGUCCAGUGGAGAAGGCUAAACAGGGGCACAGAGUCAGUGAUCUGGGUCAGUAGGAGAGACACAGCGUCACACCCAGGAAAGGCUUUCACACUUAAAGAACUUUUCACAAAUGGAGUGAGACUAUGUAAACCACAGUGGAAAUGAGUAGCCUUUUAUGAAUGAGUAACUUUAUUCUCAGAUUGCUAAUAAGGAAACAAGAAUUCACUCUCCAGCAGUUGUAAAUAGAACAUUUGCUAUUUAUGAAAGUUUAGAUUGGCAUUUAAAGUGUUGAGUGUAUGUGGAAUACGUGGAAUACGUAAGGAUUUCUUAUAGUUCAUUUUUAACCAUUUUUUAAACUGAAGAACAGUCAACAGACUGGCUCUGGAUUUUGUGUAAACCCAUGACAAAAGAUAAGAGCCUAAAAGGACCCUUGCCCUUUUAAAAAAAUUACUUAAUUCAACCUUCCCCCAUUUUAUAGAUGAGGAAACUGAGGCCCAGAGUGGUCAAAGGACUUAAUUAAAUGUACCCAACUUUGGUGAACCUGGGAGUAGUGAAAUUCCUACAGUCCAUCAUUGGCCUCUCCUUUCACUUUGUCAUGGAUUUCAGAUAGGACAUCUCUAAGCCAUUUUGAAACCCUGUGAUACUAUGUAUUUAGGUGCUGGUCUGUCUCCCCUGCUAGAACAUAAGCUCUCCAGGACGGACAGUUUCCUGUGUGUUGUUCAUAGUGUAUCCCCAGAGCUUGGAACCGUGCUUAGCAUACAUGAGGUGCUCCAUAAAUGUUUGCUGGGUGAAGGAAGGAGGUGGAGGAGAGAGCUAAUGAAAUGAGGAACUUACAGUCUCAGACAAGAAAUCUAACUGCGGGCUCCUAUGGCGUUUUUCUCCUACUACGUUUUCUCAAAGGCAAAAUGCUCAUCUGCAAAGAUGAGGGGAUACAAGAUCUGCUUGGAUGGGGUUUAUGGGAAAGCCAGUGCAGUAAUUGCCUGUUUUGUAGUAGCAGUUUACACUGUGCAGCAUUCUGCCAAAAUUGUAUGAGAUGUGGAUGUGAAAUGUAUUGUGUGGCCUAAUUACCCUUCCUUCUCUGACACCAUGACUACCAGUAGAAGCUCAGAUAAUUUAACCUUGCAAUGUCUGGCAUAAACUUGAAAAUGCAAAUGACCCAAAGCCUUGAAAAACUAUUAUGAAUCAGCUCAACGUUUCAAAUUGACUGUAAUCUUUCUGAACACAUUUAAUGCUGUACCUGACACUCUGAUCAUCUGCAAUAAUUUUUGUUUUCAAGAAGGAAAAUUCUAUGAUCUUAAGAAAUGAAGGGUAAGAAAUGGUCAUAGCCUUAAUAUUAAAGAUAUUCAGAUUGUCCAAGCCUAGGCGUUGGGAGGAUGUUCAACACAGCAGGUCUGGUGCAGGCAUUUGCUCUUUAUCAAGUGUCUACUCAGUGACUCACCCUUCAGAGGGAUGUUCUGAGUUCUCAGCCACAAUGCAUCACAGAGAGGGCCAGGGGACUGGUCGUUAGGUGAUUAAGUGGGUUGUUGUGAAACAAAAUAUUGGUCUUAUUUCCACCUUUGGAAGAAAAUUUUAUCUGUAGUCAAAAAUGAGCAGUUAAUCUCAUAUGUAAUCACUUGGGAAACUAUAAUACGUGGUGAGUGAACAACCUCUCCAGAUGAAAACAGUGGGCCCAGAAAUCGCUGCCGAUGGAAGACUACCGGCGGAACAGAGAGUACGCACUGCACGUCAUGAAGAACUGGGUCUUUCUGCAUCUCCUCAUUCCUCAUUCCCUCAGCCUUUGCCCACAACCACAGUGCCUCCUCGUUGCCAUUUUAGAGGACGACAAAAUGUCUCCUGAAAAGAAACAGAAUUAGGCCUCUACAGUGAAUCUUCAAUUUAACUUAUAAGUGACUGACACAAUGUUAUUUGUUAACAGAGAUAAUCAUUCUUUGUUGACAUCCCUGGUCUGAUAUGCCACUUGAGUAUAUUGAGGUGCCUGUCACCCUGUGUAGCAGAGCUGAAGAAGACCCUCUGUGACUUUUCUUCCCUCUUAUUCUCUCUUGUAUAAAGUGAGCAAAUGCUAAAGAUUUUAAGGAUACUUUGGAAUAUAUUUUCAUUUCCUUGAAGGUCCUCUGAGGCCAAUUACUAUUGGCAGUUUAGAAGUAUAAAAUGGAUGUUACCAGGCAUAGGCCUUGCGAAAUUCUUGAAUCUGGAAAUUCACUGGAAAAGGAGUUUAUCAGCAUCUAUCAAAAAGUUGCAGGUGAAGAAUCAAUGGAUUUGCAUUAUUUGGGGAUGGGGGGCAAAUACCAUAAUGUGAUUCCUAAUGGCAUUUAAUUCAUAUGUGAGGUAUUUCUGGCUUUGACUUGAGACUGGAAGAAUUCAUUAAAGGGACCAAAAAAUUUAUGGCUUAAUUUCUUUUAAUUUUCUUUUAUACCAUUUUAACUUCUAACUUAAAAACAAAAAGUAAUCAGACAUAGGAUAAGUGAAAACUCACAAUAAUAACUUUAAGUUUUAAAGUCAGACUGGGUGGCACUCCAACCCAAAUGCAUGCUUCCUUACCCUUUCCAGUUCCCAACUAGCUACAAUUGUUUCUUUUAUUCUAGAUAAAUGCUUUUAGGUGAAUUUCGUCUCAGUUUGAUGCUGGGAAACAUAACAUCAUGCCUUCUAAACUUAGACUCCACUUGGAUUCUUCCCAUAAAGUGAUCUGGACCAAAGGCACUGACAUUGUCGUCAGCCAUUCUCAAGAAUUCAGACCAGCGCACUGAGGCUGGAGUGCACGUCUCUCUCACACAAAAACCAGUACUUGGUGAUAAGCAUCCAUUCAGAGUAUUCAGACGUGGGCAGAACUCAAGCUCCUAUAGCCUCACCAUUACAGCUGGGCUUCCUUUUUUUGUAAAGUUUUAUUUGAACACAGCCAUGCCUGUUCACUUACCUGUCUUCAUGUAAAUGAAUCCACAAAUCGUCUCCCUAGAGGAAGGGUCACUAAGCUUUUUUUAAAAGAUGGUAAGGUACAGCAAAGAAUGUCCAGACAGAGUACCUCGACCAAACAGAUUUGAGUGAGUUUUAAUCCCUUCCAUAAACAAGGUUUCCAAGUCUCUGUAUCUCAGAGCCCAACAUUCUGCAAUAGAUUUAUUCUAAGAACAGGGUGAAGUCCUUUCAGGAAUGAAAAUCACGUUUUUUGGUUCUGGAAAGAGAUGUUGCCAGCUAAAGCAGGUUCUCCCAGCUGUGCACUCAGAGGCCAGCAUGGUUGAUGGUGUUUACAUCUAACAUGUUACAUAUAAAGGCUGGUGGAGAGGCGUAGGAGUUUGUUUUCAGAAUGAGAACUGUGAACUUAAGACACUCAGUUCCCCUGAAUUUUUCUUCUGUGAAGCACUGGAAACAAUAAAUAUAUCUAUUCUCUACUUCACAAUCAA